AUGACUUUUUCAGUUCUAAUUGUUUUGCUGGCGGUGCUAGCUGAAAUAACAGAGCCCAUUGGAGCAGACUUUUUGAAAGAUUCCGCUUCUCAGAGUGAAAACCUAAACCAAUCCGGUUCGCAAAAUGUAGAAAACUUGGAUGUACAAAUAAAAAUACCCAGUGAAACGCAAAUUGAAAUGGGGAAUCUUAGUUCUCAAUCUUUAGAACAACUUUCAGAUGUGUUAAGUAGUAUUAGCUCGGAAAUCUUAAUUAGUUGGGAAAACAAAAGUGCAAAUAAUUCCGAUGUCGAAGAGGAGGUUCUCCUGGACUUCCUAAGGAGCAGAAACACCAGCUUUUGUAAGAGUUUUAAUGAAUGGGAACUCACAAGAACUGCGGAAUCUGAGGAACUCAACUUGCGCCAGUUGCCAGUUUCGUACCAGGAACUAAUCCUGGAUCGCCUGCAGGAUCAGUUGCGCCAACUGUGGAUCGGCCUUCCUCUGGAUAUAGCCUUCUCCACCCUGAACUAUAUAUGCAGCACUAUUGUCGAUCUUGGGAUAGUGAGGUCCAAAAUAGUUCCCGACGUUUCCCGGAUGAACUUCCUCCUUCGCACCGAACACGAGUGCCAGAAUGCCAGCAUUCCUCUAGCGCACGCUGAGCAGCUGUGGGACAAUCCAUUCUUCUACCAGGAUCGACCGACGGUCCUCUUUAUUACCGGCUGGACAACGAGCAUCAACGAUUCGAACAGCGGUCCCGUGGCGAAGGCCUAUGCCUGUCGCAAUGACACCAAUGUUGUGAUACUCGAUGCUGCUGACUUUGUGGACACCCUGUACACCUGGUCAGCUCUGAACACCGAGGUUAUAGGCGAAUACUUGGCCAAGGCACUCAUCCGAUUGAAUGCGAGCUAUGUGACCAACCAGUUCCAUUUGGUGGGUCACAGCUUGGGUGCCCAGAUCGCAGGAUCCGCCGGCAGGAACUAUCGGCAGAUGUCUGGGGGAUUGAUCCUCAAGAGAAUCACCGGCUUGGAUCCGGCCAAUCCCUGUUUCUAUGACGGCAACGAUCUGGAGGGACUGCGGAGUGGAGACGCUCGAUUCGUGGACAUUAUCCACACGAAUCCCGGCAUCCUGGGCUCCCCGAAGCGGGCCGGCGAUGCGGACUUCUUUGUCCAGGGAAGGAUUCCCUUCAAGGAGGGCUGCGAGGGACUGAACUCCAUUGGCUGUUCGCAUCAGAGGGCCGUGGACUACUGGACGGAGACGGUGUAUCCCUCGAAUGCGAACGACUUUCUGGCCAAGCGAUGCCAUCACUACUCGGAUCUGCUGCUGGGGAACUACUGCCAGGACACGAGGACCGUGAUGGGCUAUGCUGCCAAGCCCACGGCACUGGGACUCUUCUACGUGGGCGCCAAUGGAAAGGAGCCCUUUGGCCAAAAUGCCAGUCCGCAGACCUUCACUUCCUCCGCCACUCAAUGCGGAGCUUGUGAAUAAUUGAUAUGAUUACUUAAGAAUUUAUCUUUAAGAUAAAAAUAACUUUGUUUUUCGCUGCACCUUACUGAACCCUUUUACCUAAGUUUUAUUUAACUAAUCAAAAUAUUUAUUGCCUACAAAAUAAGAACGUAAAUUAUUUAAAAUAAUAUAUAUUUUCGGUUUGUAUUUGCCUACCUUAUACAGCAA